GGGAGACGCCGGCAGGAGCUACAGCCGCUGUCUGCGCUGCCCCUCAGCGUGCGGGUCGCCUCCCAGCGCCAGAGCAAGACAGACGAACGAACGGGCGCUGCGCCGCAGAUUUCUCAGUUUCCUCAUCUGCUGCCUCUGGGGACUUUUGUGAGACAUACACGUGACAGCUCGUGGCUGGCGCAGGAACUGGCCAUCAGUAGGGAUUGCUCCAGGAGUCAGAAUUUACUCCAGCACUUCACGGCCCAAGGUGGAGCUCACCAACUCCUGGAUAAAAAGGGUCCUCCUUCCCUCCAGCAGUUCAUCCUCACAACAUGCUGAUGGCCAGUGUGACCACAUGCUACCAAAAAGGCUCAGAGAGGGGAAGGGGUUUGUCCAAAGUCACACAGUCACCUCCUGAAUGCUGCUUCCACCACUGGAGCUGGCUUCCUCGGGACAAUGAAGAGCCCCAUCUCUUCCUCUGGUCGUCCUAACUGCUCUGAGUCCAGACUUGGUGGUGACAAGGGGCCAGGGGAGGGCCCAGUACAGGCAGGGAGACUCUCAGAUGGGUUCUCGGGGACGUCAUCCCUCUCCCCACACCCUCCACCCUCCACUCCCGGGGAGCUCUGGGCCUGCCACGGUGCUCAUGUGGGAGUCGCUGGUGGCAGACAGUAGGCGCUCCAGAAAUGCUUUUGGAGAAGAGGAGGAGGGAAGGAGGGAGAGAGAGGGUGAGUGCGCCAGUGAGUGAGAAAGUAGGCGGCCACCUGCGGGACAGGCCUGUCAGUGAGGGGGCUGUUGCAUGAGGGAAGGAGGGGUAGGAGACUGGGGCCCUGGCUCUGGGGUCACGACUCAAGGAGGUGCCAAAGGUCUUCAGUCACCACCCUGCCCAUUUGACAGAUGAGCAGACUGAGAGGGCUGAGCAGAGGGGCAGCUGCUGGGUCUGUGGGGCUGGCCUUUGACCGGCAGUCUCUGGUGCUCCUCCACGUCUCUCUCUGCCCCCUCCUCACCCUGUUCCCCCUGCGGGAAUAGGGGAGCAUUCCGGGAAGGAGACCUUUUCUCCGCCUCCUCACUCCUCUAGGCACAGUUUCCGCCAGGCUUGGUGUUGGGGGUGGCUGGGAGGGGUAGCCCCCGCAGGGGCUAUUUCAGUCCAAGACAAGCCUGCCAGGAAACAGAGGAAGCUGCCCGCCCAUCGGAGGUGUUGCGACCGGGCUGAGGACAGGAGAGUGGAGAGCCUCGUGUCUGGCCUCCCUUGCCCCAACGCGCUUCAGGCACAGGAGGCUACACAUAAGAAGACUGAGGCCAAAAGAAGGACCAUGGCUUUGGAAAAUGGAGUCCAGGUUGAAGAGCUUCUGUGGAAGUAGGAAACCCAGUCAGGCAGCUAUGGAGUGGGACAAUGGCACAGGCCUAGCCCUGGGUUCGCCGCCCACUACCUGCGUCUACAGAGAGAACUUCAAGCGACUGCUGCUGCCACCUGUGUACUCAGUGGUGCUGGUGGCUGGCCUGCCACUGAAUGCCUGCGUCAUUGCCCAGAUCUGCACAUCCCGCCGGGCCCUGACCCGCACAGCCGUGUACACCCUGAACCUGGCACUGGCUGACCUGCUGUACGCCUGCUCGCUGCCCCUGCUCAUCUACAACUAUGCCCAAGGUGACCACUGGCCCUUCGGUGACCUAGCCUGCCGCCUGGUGCGCUUCCUCUUCUACGCCAACCUACAUGGCAGCAUCCUCUUCCUCACCUGCAUCAGCUUCCAGCGCUACCUGGGCAUCUGCCACCCUCUGGCCCCCUGGCACAAGCGAGGGGGCCGCCGGGCGGCCUGGCUGGUGUGUGGGGCCGUCUGGCUGGUCGUGACAACCCAGUGCCUGCCCACAGCCCUCUUUGCCGCCACAGGCAUCCAGCGUAACCGCACAGUCUGCUAUGACCUGAGCCCGCCCGCCCUGUCCACCCGCUACCUGCCCUAUGGCAUGGCCCUCACGGUCAUUGGCUUCCUGCUGCCCUUUGCCGCCCUGCUGGCCUGCUACUGCCGCCUGGCCCAUCGUCUGUGCCGCCAAGACGGCCCAGCAGGGCCUGUGGCCCGGGAACGGCGUGGCAAGGCAGCACGCAUGGCCGUGGUGGUAGCAGCCGCCUUUGCCAUCAGCUUCCUGCCUUUCCACAUCACCAAGACAGCCUACCUGGCAGUACGCUCUACACCUGGUGUCCCCUGCCCUGUGCUGGAGGCCUUUGCAGCUGCUUACAAAGGCACACGGCCCUUUGCCAGCGCCAACAGUGUGUUGGAUCCCAUCCUCUUCUACUUCACCCAGAAGAAGUUCCGCCGGAGGCCCCACGAACUGCUACAGAAACUCACAGCCAAGUGGCACCGACAGGAUUGCUGAGUCCAAGGGGGGAAGGACAGCUGGGGCCUGGACAGCUGCUGUGUUUGCCACUGUGGCCAGGGUACCAGGAGCCCCACCAUGCAGAGAACUAGAGCUUAGCUUAGCUAGGCAUGGAGUGAGGCUCCCCACAGACCCCCAAAUCUUACCAACAACUAUUAUUGAGCCCUUUCUCAGGACUAGACCCUGUGGGCACAGAAACAGACAAGCCUGAGCUUGGCUCUCCAGAACGUCCCAGACAGUCAUGAAAAACUGGGGAAGCCAUGUUAAGCGGCUCACAAAAAUAUAGCGUAAUAUGUACUGUAAUCAAAGAGUACACUGCAGGCUUUGGAGCCACCAAUAAAAGAAGGAAAAAUGGGA